AUGAAGAGAGUCAGCAGUGCGACCAAAGUGUUUGAGAGCGUCUAUACCUGGACACGUAGGUGGUUUGGUCUGAGGGGCAAGCAACAGCGGAGGCGGCGACGGAGCGCUUCCACUUCUGUCACUUUAACCGUGCAUUCGAAUCGAGCGUAUUGCUGCUUCGGACGACUUCCUACACCCCUAGGAUCUCGUCCGACGGGCCUUAUGAGCUCCACUCAGUGCUGCAUUGUUCUGUUCAGCCUUGGUCUAAAUUUAUCAGCCUCUCUCGAACGAUUUGAUCACAACGAGAAGCGCAAUUCAGAGUGUGACGUUUAUCGGAAAUCAAACACGGCUAUUUACGGCGGUUGCUUCGGACACUCGACGAGCGACCGAGCUAAGCCUUGA